AAAAGAAGAUAAGAAGAUGGGUUCAUUAAGCAAAGCUCUUAUCUCUUCCACGCUUCUCUCACUUCCCUCCUUUCCUUCUUCCCCAACUCCUUCUAUUUCUCCUCCUCCAUCUUCACUUUCCUUUGCUUUCAAAAACUCUUUCGCCUACUCUUUAAGCAGCAAAAAAACAACACCUUUUUUGCUCUCUUUCUCAUUGCCCAACUUCAUUUGCAAAGCUGCUGAGUACAAAUUCCCUGACCCGAUUCCCGAAUUCGCUGAUGUGGAAACGGAUAAAUUUAGGUCUCAUUUGCUCAAGAAACUGUCCAAGGAGGAGGUUAUUUAUGGAGACUCGGUUGAAGAAGUUGUAGGAAUCUGCGGCGAGAUAUUCAGUACUUUCUUGCAUACUGAAUAUGGUGGUCCUGGAACACUCUUGGUCAUACCUUUCAUUGACAUGGCCGAUACUAUAGAUGAGCGCGGACUGCCUGGAGGGCCGGAAGCUGCACGUGCUGCUGUCAAAUGGGCUACGGAUCAUGUAGACAAGGACUGGAAAGAAUGGACCGGCACCAAUUGACGUAAAAGUGAAAAGCCUCCUUUGGAAAGAAGGCUUCUGUCCAUUCUCUGCUUCCUUUCGAUGUUGAGA